AUGGCCAUCGUCGAGGCGUACUUUUCCCCGAUCAAGUCGGUCGCCGAGUUCGAGGCGUUCCUCGACGGGACCGAGUCGAUGUUGCGAAGGUUUUAUCCAAGGGAAGUGCUCGUGCUGGGCGAUCUCAAUACCAAGUCACGUCUGUGGGGGUGUCCUGCCACAGAUGCGCGGGGGGCGAUACUGGAGGAGUGGCUCGUUGCCACCGACCUGACCGUCCUCAAUCGCGGGACGGCCAACACGUGCGUGCGCAGGUCGGGUGGCUCAAUCGUGGACGUGUCGUUUGCGAGCCCCGGCCUUGCGCGCCGUGUUCGGGACUGGCGAGUGCUGGACGACGUGGAGACUCUCUCGGAUCACCGUUACGUCCGCUUCGAGAUCUCCGCUCGUCCGGCGGUGCCGCCAAGCUCCAGCCGCGCCUCGGCGGAGGAGGGUCCUCGGUGGCAGCUGCAGCGUUUCGACCGGGAGCGACUCGACGAAGCGGCGAUAGUGGCAUCCAGUCAUGUCAGCCUGCCCGUAGUAACGGAAUACCCAGUGGCUCAAGCCCGAGCGCUCCACCCAGUCACGCGGCAGCGAUUAACUCGCCGCACAGGCACGCCCUACUCCUACCCAAGCUACCAACCCGCAGUACUACCCCCGGAGGGCGCAGGCUACCCGCAGGGCUUCGCCCCCGCCGCGGGCUUACCGCCCUCCAGGGCUGAGCCCUAUUCGACCUACCCCUCCGCCCCGAGGGUCCCGAACGCUAACGGUGUCCUCGGCCUGGGUAAGGGUAAGAAGAAAGCGGGUAAACUAGGAGCUAUGGAGAAAAAAGAGCUACCCGUGGAGACAGAUCCUGAGAAACUGGUCAACUAUGUCUGCGGCUCCAACAUCUACGUCUCUGGAGAGGAUGUUAAGCUGAAAGAUGACAGCGAGUACCCCGAUUGGCUGUGGACCCUUCAUACCGGCAAGCCUCCAAGUGUUGAGGAGCUCGACCCAAACACUAAGCAGUACUGGAUCCGAGUGAGAGCUGCCGGUAUGCGACGCAAUAACCGCCUGCGAGCCAUGCGCAAGUUCUAGUGACAGAGUGAAAACAAAACAAAAGGGUUUAACGGACUGUCAAAUUUAUGAUAUAGACUAUAUAGUGGCAAUUAGAAUAGUGUACAUCUAAAAGAAGGAAGUGCUGAGAGUGUUGUGUGCAGUGUCCCAUAUGCUAAUCGAUGUUGUGAAGUUAAAUUAACUCAUUAUGGCUCUAGAAUUUAGGCUAUUAAAAGUGAAAUUAAAUUUA